GCGCAGAAUCCGCCCCCUUUCCUUAAGCGUGUCCAAUAGAGUCUCCAGAGCCUUGAGCUUUAUUUUAAUGACCUUUGCUUGACUUUUCCACCAAUUUACAGGUGUGCCAUCACAGGUGGACAGCGACAUGGAGGGACAGCAGCUACAGCAGGUUUUGAACCCGCACAGACUGAAGUCACUACAAGAAUGGAUGCAGAAAAGCUCAAUCACUACAAAACACAACAAUCAGAAGAAAAAAUAUGGUCCUCCUCCUCCAGGCUGGCGAGGUCCUGUUCCCGGCCCGGGCUGUGAGGUUUUCAUCAGUCAGAUCCCACGUGACGUCUACGAGGACCGCCUGAUCCCUCUUUUCCAGAGCAUUGGCACUAUUUACGAGUUUCGUCUCAUGAUGAACUUCAGCGGGCAGAACCGAGGCUUCGCCUACGCAAAGUACGGCGACCCCCUCACUGCCUCCACCGCCGUCAUGACCCUGCAUCACUACCGUCUGCCGGAGGGGGGCUGCCUGACGGUGCGCAAGAGCACAGAGAAGCGGCAGCUGCGUCUGGGGGAUCUUCCGACUAGCAUAAAGCAGGUGGAGUUGCUGACGGUGCUGCGAAUGAUGUCCGACGGGGUGGAGGAGGUCCUGCUGAAGAUGGCCGGGCCCAAAGGGAGAGAGGUUGUGGCUCUAGUGAACUACUCCUCCCACUACGCCGCAUCCAUGGCCAAGAAAGUGCUUGUGCAAGCUUUUAAGAAGCAGUACGGCAUUUCUAUUACUGUGAAAUGGACGUCCUUCUCCAAGUCAAAGCAUGUAUCCGAGACCGAACAAGAUGGCACCUUUACCCCACCUGGUCUGAGUCCCCUCCCCAAACCCUCCAUCACCCCUCCCCACCUGCACCCUCAGCCCUCCCUCCAUGAUGUCCCAGCCCACCCCUCUCUCCAGUCCUUGUUCCGGGCUGUGGGGGGUCUGGCCGGCCCGCCGAGAGAUGAGAUGAAGCCUCGAGGCCCCGUGAACUGUGACGCCGUGACUCUGCUGCAGUGGAUGUGCGAGGUAAACAAACUCGGCGCUCCGAAGUAUGAAGUCCGUUUCCAUCACGCCAGCUCCGACGGCUUCCUCUGCUUCAGCUACGAAGUCCUGAUCCCAUGCUUUCUUAUUCCCCUGUAUGGGGUUAUCCAGAUCCUCCCAGGCCCCAGCGCUCAGGCCACGAAGGAGGAGGUUUACAGAGCCGUCGCCGAGCUGGUGAUCCAAACCAUCUGUAAGGUCUCAAAUCUGCGACCUUUCUAAAAUUUGAGCUAUAAAUGGAAUGUAACGUUAUCAGUUUUAUGUUCAGUAUUACGGUUUGAAGGCAUGUACUGUUCCCGUGUCAGAUGAGUGAGU